UACGAUCGGCCCGCGGACGGAUAAUCUCUGAACGAACUCGAGGUUCAGAUAGGCAGCGAGCGAAGGAGAUGCUCCAAGUGCUGCAAUGGCGGCCUUCUCUACUGCCAUCUCCCCGCGCAUCCAUCUCCUUCCGCACAGCGACGCGCUGCAUCUCCGUGGCGUCAUUACCACUGGAAACCUCGGCGGGCAGCGGUGGCGCUGAGCUGACGGCGAGGGAGAGGAGAAAACUGAGGAAUGAGAGGAGGGAUCGGAGUUCUAAUUGGAGGGAGGACGUGGAGGAGCGGCUUAUCAAGAAGCCCAAGAAGGGUAAAUCAUCGACGUCUGAGGGUCUUAACCUGGAUAAACUCUCCCUUUUAGGUCCGCAAUGGUGGAUUGUUCGGGUUGCCCGUACCAAUGCCCACGAGACCGCGGAGCGAAUCUCUCGUGCUCUUGUGAGGAAUUUCCCCGGAGUCGCCUUCAAGGUUUAUUAUCCCACUGUCCGAGAGCAAAGAGUAUUAAAGAAUGGUUCUUGCACUACAAAAUUGAAACCUAUCUGUCCAGGUUGUAUCUUCCUACAUUGUGUGCUGAAUAAGGAGAUACAUGAUUGUAUCAGAGAAUGCGAUGCAGUGGGAGGCUUUCUUGGAUUUCAAGUUGGGAACAAUAAGCGGAAGAUCAACCGACCGAAACCUGUGGGAAUCAAUGACAUGGAAGCGAUAUUCCAACAAGUAAGAGAAGAACAAGAAAAUGCUGACCAGGCAUUUGUAGAAUUACAGAAAGCCCAUAACAAGGGUCCUGCUAUAGAUUCUAGGGAGGAUUUAAACUCCCCCUCUUCUAAGGUUUCAAGAAAUUCCAGAAAAGGUGUGAAGUCCAUUGAUCUGUUAGUGGAUGAUAGCAACAGGCUUCUUACUACGGGUGCAAGCAUUCGUGUCUUGUCUGGGCCUUUUGCGGAGUUCACUGGCUAUCUUAAGAAGCUAAAUCGUAAAAAUGGAAAGGCCACUGUAGGAUUUAUGUUGUUUGGUAAAGAGAGCACAUUGGAGGUUGAAAUUGAUCAAAUUGUUGUGGAGACGUCAUGAUGGUAAGACAACCAAAUAAUCUUGGUCUCAUAUGUGGAUACUUUUCCACAUCCCAUCUUCAAAUCUCACAUUCUAAAUUUCUUUGUUCACAUGCAUUUGCUUGGUUUAGGUUAAGGUUACAUGAAGAGUUCAUCCACAGUUGAUUUACUGACUCCGUGAUUAGUUAGAUCUAUUCUGAUGGUGGUCAUUUGAUAAUUAUAUUGAAGUUCACUGAUCUAUUUGUUACAUGGAACAGUUCAGUCACUAGUUUGGCCGUGGUGUUCGGUUAAAUUCCCUUGCUAUCAUCUUUAUAUUGUGCUUAGAGUGUCUCUGACAGCAGUUGAGUUUUUGAAUGGGAUUGACUGACAGCAGUUCAUAGCCCAGUCUUUGAAGUGAGCAACAUAUUUAUAGCUCGAAGAUCACUAUGCUGGAGACCCUUUUUCCAAUCAGUUCCAGCAUACAGGAAAGGUGAUCCUCUGUGCGCCACGAAGCUAUCAAUUCUACAUUCUAGAAGACAAACUCUGUAUGUGAGCUCAAUAGCUUAAUUAUUAAAGAAUUGAAAAUUAUGUGAGGUGUUGCUUCACAUAUUUGCACCCAAUUUUAACUGUGUUUGCGAGUCUGUAUGUUGCCUCUUCAGUUAUUAUUAUUAUUAUUAUUAUUA